AUGACACAAACAGAUAUAUUUGAAAAAAGUACGGAAAAACUUUAUGUAAAUCCUCCAGCAACAAGGAUUAUCCCUGCCGGACCUGUAACUGUAGAUCCUUUUGGUUAUGAGUCUUCACAAUCAAACCCAAGUUCGAUGAUCGCGCAUCAAAACAACACACCACCACAACCAUCACCACCAGAAGAUCAUUAUACCAGCGCUGUCUAUGGACAAGAACUGAAAGAAGAAACGUUUUACUUUAACGAUGCCAGUGUCAGAAAAGCUUUCGUGAAGAAAGUUUUCGCCAUUGUCAGUGUUCAACUCGCAGUCACUAUGGCCAUUACCUGCUGGUUCAUCUUCGAACAUAAUACCAAAAAAUUUGUACAGAAACACAUAGAAUUUGCUAUUGUAGCUGUCUCAGUCGAAAUUGUUGUAUUAGUAGCACUCAUAUGUUUCGGAGAGCUAAGAAGGAGAACUCCUACAAACUAUAUUCUUCUCUGUAUUUUUACCUUAUCUAAAGCAUUCCUGAUCGGCGUUUUAGCCUCUUUUUACGACGUACUGGCUGUGGUUUUAGCUCUUGGAUUUACGAUUGUAGUUUGCGUAGGAUUAACCUUGUUGGCAUAUCAAACUAAAUUUGAUUUUACUGCGUUUAGAGGAAUUUUGUUUAUUAUCUUGUUAAUAUUUGUGUGUUUUGGAAUUUCGUGUAUUUUUCUCUUGAGUCAACUGGGUCAAUUAAUUUAUGCUUCUCUCGGAGCAGUGGUGUUUUCCUUUUUUUUUGUUUUCGAUUUACAAUUAAUGAUGGGAGGUGGCCACAAAUAUCAAAUUUCGCCGGAAGAAUACGUUUUCGCUGCUAUUAAUCUAUAUAUGGAUGUAAUUUAUAUAUUUAUUUAUAUUUUAAGAAUUGUUGGCGGUCGAUAA